AUGGCUCUCUGGGGCGUCCUCACAUGCAUCAUGUCCGUCGUCAAAGAAUACCAUCACCUCAUCGUGCUUCGUGUCUUUGUUGGAAUAAUGGAAAGUGGUUUCGCCCCUGGCAUCCUUCUCAUCAUUUCUUCCUGGUAUCGGCGGGGAGAACAAUCGAGACGUUUUGCCGUUUUCAUGUCUGCGGCAAUUCUUUCCGGAGCAUUUGGCGGGUUGCUUGCUGGUGCGAUUACCAGUGGCUUGGAAGGGGCACAUGGGAUUCGGGGAUGGAGGUGGCUCUUCAUCGUCGAAGGUGUUGCAACCAUUGGAUGGGCUGGCAUCUCGGCUUUCAUCUUGUUGGACUUUCCUGCAACUUCAACGAGGCUGACACCCAGAGAGAGAGAAAUUGCGGUCGCGAGGUUACAAGAAGACAAUGUCACGGUUCGAAACGCUGAUGAGAAGCUGGGCAAGGGUAAAUCUUUCAUGUUGGCACUGAGAGAUUGGAGAACUUGGGGGUUCAUAUUUGGUUACAUGGUGAUUGUUGGCUCUUCUACACUCUCCUAUUUCUAUCCUACUCUUGUCCAUGGACUUGGCUUUACGUCAACGGUCCAGGCUCAGUACAUGACGGUCCCCAUCUACGCAUUCGCUUUCGUCUGCACGGCAAUUACCGGCUACUUCGGCGACAAAAUACCCGAUCAUCGCGGACUAGUCAUCGCUGCCUGGCUCGCAUUCAGCAUGAUCACCUCGAUCAUCGUCUGCGUGGUGUACAACUUUACAGCGCGAUACGUUCUGCUUGUUCUCAUGGCCGCUGGGUUGUGGGCAUCUAACGCGAUGUCUCUGUCCUUUGCCAGCUCAACGUUCGGAAGCAUGGACGCAGAGGUUCGUGCGAUCGCGCUGGCACUGAUGAAUGCUCUCGGAAACUUGGCGCAAAUCUAUGGCGCAUAUCUCUUCCCUACAGACGAUGCUCCGAAAUAUCUCAUGGGUUUCGGCGUUAUUUCUGGCAUGCUGGGCUUUGGUACGGUUGUUUAUAUAAUUAUGCACAUCCUGGUCAGACGUUGGAAGCCUUGA